AUGGAGGGCGAGAUGCCACCGACCGCGACGCAUGUGCACAACGCAACAGAGGGAUCCAACGGUCCCAAGGUGCUGGACCUGCCGUGCGCAUACCAAUUCGAUGAGAGCCUCGCUGCCUGGAGCUGCAAAGGCGUGCUCGGGAAGAAUUUGGCGGAACGGACAGCGACGCUUGUGUCGACUCUCGAUGCGAUUCGGAAGAACCCGAGUGGGUUCUAUGGGAACAUUCACACCGUGAAAUAUCCUGACGGCGCUGUGCAUGGUGGGAAGGAUGAAACCUGGCCCCUCUUUCUCUCAUAUCCCAUCCACGUGCACCUUCCCCUCCCAUUCCCCACCUGCCCCUUCCAACCCCUACCUGCCCCCUCCUCUCCUCCCACCCUCCACCUGCCCCUCCCACGCCUCACCUGCCCCUCUCUGUGGUCGAGGGAAUCCCCAAACACCGACACCCACCGCUGCAUGAGUGACUUGGGGCCACCCUCCCAACCACCCAAUCCUUCGCUCCCUUCCCACCUCCCCUACGCCUUACCUGCCCCUCCCCAUGCCCCACCUCCCCCAUGCCCCACCUGCCCCUCCCACGCCUCACCUGUCCCUCCCUGUGGUCGAGGCUCGGGAGCUGGCCGGUUGACGAACGAGGGAGGAGAGGAAGAUGAGGAGAAGAAGGCAGGUUUCAGCGAGCAGGACCAGGAGAAUCUUUACAACCUCGUGCACGAUCACGCGACGAGCGGCAAGCAGGGGUUGGGAAUUGGCGACCUGCCGCGGAAGGUGGCGGGGGCUCGAUGGAAGGGCACCAAACAGACGUUCGAAGAUUUAGAAGAGGUCAGCGAGGGGGAGGAGAAUGAGGAGGAUGGGAAUGAGAGCGAGGAGGAGGUGGUGGAGGAGGGAAGGGGGGAAGAGGAGAACAGGGAUGGUGCAGCAGCUGGUGCAGAAGGGGCGGUAUUGACAACAGGCGCAGAAACUGCUGCUGCUGCUGUGGAUGCGGGUUGGGGUGAUGGUGCUGGGUCAGCGGAGCAGGAAGGGGGAGAGAAGGAAGGGAGGAGCAAGAAGCGGAAGAGAGAGGAUCGAUGGCAGCACAACGAGAAGGUUGUGAAAGAAGAGGUGAAGGAGGAGGGGAUUCGUGCAGAGGAUAAGGGAAAGGAAGGAGAGGCAGGUGGCAGCAGGAAGAAGUUGAAGAAAGGGAGCAGCGCUGGCAUGGAGGUGUCAGGCAGUGAACCGGCUGAUGGCUCAAAGGGCGGUGUUGCGUUGAAGACUCGAGUGAAGCGCGCUGUCAAGCAAGCUCUGCAAAAGGAGGGCGAGGCAGGAGUGGCUUUAGCAUCUCUGCGGGACACGGUGGGGCAGCAGCUGGAGCUGAGCAAAGCAGAGAGGAAGCAGCUUGCCAAGAUCAUGGACACCAAGUGGGAGAUUUCGCAUUGCACGUAUGCGCAUGCUCUGCUGCAUCCUCACCGUCCGUGUCUCAUAUCCGUCGCAUCGCGUCCAUCUCCCUUGUCCACGUCAGCAGGCGACUGCCCGGUUCUCGGCAAGGGAUUCUUCUUUGGCCUCGCCACGGCGCCUGCACACGUAGAGGACCAGCUGGAUGACGCGUGGCUGAAAUUCGCUCGGCGCGGAAGCAACGAGAAGCCCGACCGAGGCCCUGUUCGGGCGUGGCACAACGUGCCCAAGGCUGAGCAGCGGCUUCGGUUCUGGACCGAGCCUGAGGUGGAGGUGGACCUGGCAGCGCGUGCAGGCGUGGAGGCCUUCCGUAUGGGCGUUGACUGGGGGAGGAUUGUUCUGCGCGAGCCACAGGGGGGCAAGAUGGAGAUCGACCAUGGAGCAGUGGCGCGCUACAAGGAGAUAAUGGCGCUGGUGCGGGCGAGAGGCAUGCGCGUGAUGCUCACACUCUUCCACCACUCGCUGCCCUCCUGGGCCGAGCCCAUUGGCGGCUGGACCAACGCCUCCCUCGUUGACCACUUUGACUCCUGGACCCAGUGA